AUGGCUGCAGCGGAUGUUCGCGACAUGCUCGAUUUGCCCGCGGAUGGGCAACCUAGACCGCAUAAGAAGCAGAAGGUCGUGGAGAAGAGGCCAGAGGGUAUCACUCGUGAACUCUACGCGCUCCUCGGCGAAAAGGCGCCUCCCAUUUCACUCACGGAGAACAAAUACAAGUUGAAGAAAUCAAAUCGGAGAGCGGCGCCAUGGCGAAUGACUGAGUUCACAAACGAAGCGCGUAGGGAUGGAUUGGUCCUUCGACAUUGGCAACGACGGACUGACACGAACAAGACUCUCAAACCUUUAGACGAUACGGCAAUGGAUGUUGAUGAGCAUGCGACUGAUGGCGCACAACAAUCCACUCAACCAUAUAUGUUCGCGAAAUAUAACGUCAAGGCCCAAGUUCCCAAACGAUAUACCGACGAUCAAUACCAACGACACCUACAGAGCGAUGAUUGGUCGCGCGAGGAGACGGAUUAUCUCAUGAAUUUGGUGGAAGAGUAUGAUCUAAGAUGGGUUAUUAUCGCCGAUCGAUACGACUUUCAACCCGAAAUCUCCGAGAACACUGAAGCGAAUGCGACGGCACUUGUUACAGCAAAAAGUGUCCGGACCAUGGAGCAGAUGAAGGCUCGUUAUUAUACAGUUGCGGCGAAUAUGCUUGCUCUCGAGCAUCCGCCCUCGGAGAUGUCUGAAGCCGAGUUCGCGCUGCAUGAAAAGAUGAUGAAAUUCGACCCAGAACGUGAAAGAGUUCGAAAGGAACUGGCUGCAUUGCAACUUAAUCGCACCGCUGAUGAAGUCCGCGAAGAAGGAAUAUUACUAGAGGAACUCAAACGAAUCGUCACAAACGAGCAAAACUUUAUAGCAGAGCGCAGGGAACUGUACGCCAGACUUGACGUUCCUUAUCAUGUCAGCAACACGACCAUGUAUCAAUCCAGCCAAGGCCUGUCGCAGCUCCUGUCAACAUUGUUACAAGCCGAUAAAAGCAAGAAACGCCGCUCUAUACUCGGGCCGGACGGUGUACCCAGCCCAGCCGGUCAAACGCCCUCCCAAACUCUACCAAGUGGUGCCCGCGACGGUCAAAUCGAUACACCCACAGCCGGUCCAUCGAACAAGAGAGGAUCGGCAGCCGCCGCCUCGGCCGCAGCAACCCCAUCCCAACCGACCGUCCGAACACUCACCAAAGAAGAAGAACAAAAAUACGGUGUUCAACACCACGAUCGCGUCCCGCCAGGCGUCCACUUCCGCAACGACAAAGCCACAAAACUCACACAAGCGAAAUCAAACAUUCAAACACAAAAACUUGCCGCUGCGCUUACGGAACUGGAUAUUCCUUUACGCCUACUUAUGCCUACUGAGAAAGUAUGCAAGGAAUUUGAGAAACUCAUCCAUCAAGUUAAUACCCUACUUGAUGCGCGCAAAGUGGCUGAAAAGGUGGACAGUGAAAUUCGGGUUUUGGAGGCUGCUAGAGAAGAACGACUGAGGAAAGAGCGAGAAGCGAAUCCUAAUGCUGCAAAUACAUCAGCAACGAAUGGAGGCAGCACUGAACAAGCAGAGAAACAAAUCAAACUGGAGGCUGUGGAUGAUCAGCCCCGGAAUCAAGAAGAGGGAGCACCAAUAGAGCAGCGAAAAGAUGGUACGAAUAAUACUACCGAGACGGCUCCCGAAACUAAAGGAUCGUUGUCACAUAAACGAUCGGCUAGUGUUUUGAGUGCUCAGAGUGACAAGAGUUCCAAAAGGCAGCGGAAGUAA